AUGCGUAUUGAGACAUGCUACUUCUGCUCGGCCAGGGUCUACCCUGGUCACGGCACCAUGUUUGUGCGCAACGACUCGAAAGUGUUUCGAUUCUGUCGGUCGAAGUGCUCAAAGAAUUUCAAGAUGAAGAGAAAUCCUCGCAAGGUUCGAUGGACCAAGGCAUUCCGCAAGGCAGCAGGCAAAGAGAUGGCCAUUGACUCGACGCUCGAAUUUGAGAAGAGGAGGAAUGUGCCUGUCAAAUAUGACCGAGAACUGAUGGAGCAGACCGUCAAAGCUGUCAAGCGAGUAUCAGAGAUCAGGUCAAAACGAGAACGGGCAUUCUGGAAGAACAGGAUGUCUGCACAUGCUCCUAUGGCUUUGGCAGCAGACUCGCUCGAAGUGACGCGCUCCUCGCACUUGCUGGGCCAUACGCCCACCGAGAGGACAAAGAAGGCAGUUGCCGCUGCUCUUGCUCAAUCUACAUCUGCGUCUGUACCUGCAGAGGCAACAGAAGAGGCAAUGACGACGGACGAACUGGUCGAUCUGGCCCUGCAAACCUCGGCGCCACCCACGACGAAGCAGGCCAAGACGAGAUCAAUUGGUAAGGAAAAGAUCAAGAUCAAGGCGAGAGGCAAGAAGCCGGUCGUGUCAGCUCUCGUGCCUGCUGCUGGCGGUCGCUCGAUGGAUCUCAGCUAA